AUGCCCGACGAUCCAAAAGGGAAAGGAUUCCCUGAUAUUUCCGCCAAACUCUCUGCGCUGCCGAAGAAAUCGUUAUUUGAGCGCCAGAAAGCCGAAGCCGAAGCCAAACGCGCCCGGGAGAAGGCCGAAACCGCGGCAGUCUACGAGGACUUUGUAAAAUCAUUCGAGGAUGACACCCCUACCGGGCCAAAGACGUUCGAUACACGGCCGAAUUCAUUUGCAACUCGAGGUGGAGGGGGGCCAGCGCGACGCCAUUUCACAAACUCUGGCCCACGCAACAGCGGCCCAGGUACACUAGGGCUGCCCCCACAUUCAUCUAUUAAACGGACGUAUGAUGGGCUAGCGCCGCUGUCGCGCAAUCGCGACUCAGCGCCGGGUCUGCUGGGACUCGAUCAAACAACCACAGGUCCGCUUGGCCCACCAGCUGGAUUCACCAGCCCAUCAGACGAUGAAGAUUACCGGAAAGCCGAUAUCAAAAGUUCAGAGAGAGCAGCUGCUAAGCCGACAUUGCAGCUGACAUUGUUACCACCUGGGACGUCUCCGUCAGUGGUAAAGUCAUUGAUCCCAUCUCCUCUGGUCGUUGACAAUGUACACAUCACGCGCCCAUCCAGCCAAAUCGCGACAGAACGAAAAUCAUCCGCGGCUAUUGUUACCCUUGCAAGUGAUACUGCUGCUUCUGAUAUUGACAACGCUGUCAGUGCACUUCAAAACAAGUAUCUGGGUCGAGGAUAUUAUCUCUCCUUGUCUAGACAUCUUUCGUCUGCAGCUGUCACUUCAACUAUUUCAACUGGCCUUGGCUCCUCGACCGCUAGCCCACUGCCAUUUGGCGCAAAGAAUAUUCAGCCAACUCACGGGGCUCGCCUGAACCGUGCUCCACCUCCAGGGUCUCAUCGCGGAAGCUUCGCACCCCCAAGCUCAUAUGGAUCUAAUUUUGCAAGGGUUGCACCUUCCACGCAGGUGGAAGUCAGAGUACCGUUGGAACUCAAACAGCUUAGACUAAUUCACAAGACGUUGGAGGCCCUUUUACAGCACGGCCCCGAAUUUGAGGCCUUGCUAAUGAGUCGGCCGGAAGUGCAAAGGGAUGAAAAAUGGGCUUGGAUUUGGGAUGCACGGAGCCCAGGUGGUGUAUACUACCGAUGGAAGCUCUGGCAGACUGUUACCCAGCCCCAGCCCGGCCGUAAAAUGGAUAAGCUUGCGUCGAUUUUCGAGGGUGGGGCAAGCUGGAACCCACCCGAUUGUCACAUUAAAUUUGAAUAUGCUACCCAUCUUGAUGAGUUUAUUUCAGAUGAGGACUACAAUUCCUCAGAUGAAGAGCAUUCUGACCAUGAGGAUGAGAGACGGAAUUAUGGUGGAGCCCCACCUACAGAAGGAAUCAGUGCCCAACAAGACGGCCUUGGCUAUAUGAAUCCCUUGCAAAAGGCCAAGCUCACUCAUCUCUUGGCUCGAUUGCCGACGACCCAUGCUAAGCUCCGCAGGGGUGAUGUCGCUCGCAUCACCUCCUUCGCAAUUGAACACGCUGGCGCAGGGGCAGACGAGGUUGUGGACAUGAUUGUCUUGAAUAUUUUGAGCCCGCUGGCAUACACUGGGGCCAACCCUGACCGGGAAUUGGAAAAGGCUGCAGCAGCCCCAGAAAAUGAUUACAAAGACGAUGCCAACAUGUCGUCUCACAAAAAAAUGGAUUUGUCCUCCGCUAAAUUGGUUGGGCUGUACAUUGUCUCCGAUAUCCUUUCUUCAUCAGCAACCAGCGGCAUACGUCACGCCUGGCGAUAUCGGCAGCUAUUUGAAUCCUCGCUUCGCUCUCAUAAGGUCUUUGAGCACCUCGGCCGACUCGAGAAAGAUCUCAGCUGGGGUAGACUUAAGGCCGAAAAGUGGAAACGCAGCGUUGGCACUCUUUUGCAUUUGUGGGAAGGAUGGUGUGUCUUCCCACAAGACAGUCAUGGGCAUUUCGUCCAAAUGUUUGAGCAGCCGCCGCUCACCGAGGAGGAGCAACAGAAGGAGAAGGAGCAAGCCGAGGCGGAACAAGCCAAUAAAGCUUUCCUCAAGGGAAAGAGCAGCUGGAAAGCUGUGGACGAUGACCCUAUGCCUGACAAUUUGGACUCGAAUCAUCCGGUCUUAAUCGAGACCCAGGAUACUGUUGCAAACAACAAUGCUCCAGAAGAUGAAUCCAUGAGUGACAUUGAUGGAGUUCCCAUGGAAGACAGCGACCUUGAAGGCCCAGAAGAUGAUCAGCCCAUAGAACAAACCAAAUUGGAACCGGGCGAGGAUGUUUCUGAGCCCCAAGCGUCUGUACAGCCUGAAGCAGAGCCUGAAGAACCAGACUCAGCAUCUCGGCGCCUUCGAAAGCCACGGCCCAAAGCCGAGGACAUGUUUGCGGAGGACUCAGCAUAA